AUGUCGUCGAAUUACAUUCGACUUGGUAAAUUUGAAUAUAACCCUGCCGAUAUUCUUGGAAGUGGAGCUUUCGCUGUUGUCUAUAAGGGCCGAUUUCGGAAUGAUAAAAGUCGUAAAGUUGCUAUAAAGCAGAUGAUUAAAAAUCAAAAUGUUGAUAAAUCAAAGAGUUUACUGAGCAAGGAAAUAUCUGUUCUAGCGGAUCUCAACCACGAACACAUAGUUCGACUUUAUGACCACUGUGUAAAUGAAAGCGAUGUUUAUCUCGUGAUGGAAUUUUGUAAUGGUGGGGACCUUAACGAUUACCUUCACCGCAAAAAAACCCUACCUGAGGAAACAAUUAGGCAUUUUCUGAUUCAAAUUGGUUCAGCCAUGGACGCCAUGAACAGAAAAGCUAUUGUUCACCGAGAUUUAAAACCUGGCAAUAUUCUUCUUAGUUACUAUGGAAACUAUGGUUCUGUUGAAGAUGUGCCAGGACCACUUAUUACCUUCAAACUUGCGGAUUUCGGUUUUGCUCGCUUUUUACAGUAUGGCAUAAUGGCACAAACAAUGUGCGGCUCGCCUAUGUACAUGGCUCCGGAAGUUCUUAUGUGUCAAAAGUAUGAUGCUCGUGCAGAUAUCUGGAGUAUGGGUAUCAUUGUUUAUCAAUGCUAUGUCGGAAAAGCCCCAUUUAUCGCCAACAGUCCUGAAGCGCUCAAGAAUAUCUACCUUAAAACUGUUGAUUUGAAACCAAAGAUUCCAAGUGGAACAAGUCCUAAUCUUCGUGAUCUCCUGCUCAAAAUGCUUGUUAGAAAAGCAAGUGAUCGUAUAGAUUUCCCCUCUUUUCUCUCCCAUCCGUUUCUCACGGCAAAGCAUAUUUUACCUUCUGAUCUUGUGCCCCAGUCACCAGCCACAGUUCCACCUCUUCCAAGUUCAGUUCGUCGACUUCGAGGUGGUCCCCUAGCCUCAGGAGUUCAUCGCAUCUCAAACUCUCCUAAUUCCUCGCCCUUCGGUCACACUGGACCUCGGCGUACAACAACCGACCACCUCACCACCCACUAUCGUCUAACUUCCGCAAACGCCAUCCCUGGCUCAUCUCGUAGUCGAGGUCGCAGUACUAUUGCUGAUUUCAUGCCCACAGCUGCUGUGGGCAAGGGAUCCUUGAGACGUAUUGGGGAUGCUUCAGGGACUCCCAGAACUGGUCCGCUUCCACCUCCUCCUCCACCUCCACCACGCUCUCCCCUUGAUGACGUAAACAUUGGCAAUGAUGAGUUACCUCAAGAAGAGAAUUCCUCUGAGGCCUCUCUAACCCCCACAGAAGGUGGAGAUGAAUUUAUUGAAGAUGGACUGGGUGGAAGCAGUUUUCUGGGUGAAGUGAGGCGUCCGCAGGGAUUCGGCGCACUUGAACCAUGUACUCCUGGAGUGCUUCAACGACCAAGACCUCUUGUUUCUAAUAUGCCUGGUCGAUAUCAGACCCCUAAAAUUACUCAACCCUCUAUGGAUAAAAGCUUGGAUGGAUAUGUAAUUGUCGAAAGUGAUGGAGUGGAAACUCUGCGUAGUUAUGGCAUUCGUCCUUCACCGCAACACCCAAGUCAACUCUCAAGGCGUAGCGAUGCCAUUUCACCAGUUGCUUAUCAAAAUACCUCUGCGUUGCCAUCUGCUGAUGAUAAAUCCCAUAUCCCCCGUAAGUUCAACUCGUCCGCUUCUCCCAAUGGCAAAGCAGCAAGUAGUAUUCGAUCACCUGCUGCGGAAGCUCACUUCGGAUUCGAUCCUAAGUCACCAUCAAGACAGACUGGAACAAAUGCUCGUUCAGGCAUUAAAUCACCCUCGAAUCAAUCCCAUAUUCCAACUGUAAAAUCACCUUUACAUCAAAUCUCCAGUGGGGGCUCCCUUCGUGGCAAAGAAGAGUUACAUAGUGGCUACAAGAAACCCGCUGAUACGGGAGUUCAAAUGCAAGCGGUGAGGAAGGUCAGCUCUAAUGCUGCGGCGGCGGCGGCGGCGGCGGCGACUGCAAGUGGAAAUAAAGUUGUGGACGAACAUUUAAUGGAGCAACACAACAAGGAGAUGGAGACAAUGACAAUGGUUUUGGAAUUAUGUGAACUUCUUACCGAAUUGGCUGAGCGUCGGGCCUCCGCUCUGACAGACUGUACAACCACCAAAGUGGAAGGAGAGGGAAUCUCAACCCCUUCUCCACCUCCAAGGACGUCCAGCCCUUCUGGUGAGACUGAUGCCCAGGCUCUGCCAACCACCAAGCUCAAAUUGGUUCCAGAGGCUGAACGAAUCGUUGAACAACUGGUGUUGUAUCGACGCAUUCUCUACUAUCUGGAAUAUGUGUUUGGUCAAGUGAAGAAAGCUGUGGAAGAAAAUCGUAUGCAACCCACAACAACCGCCAAAAAGCGUUUACAAGACUGCAACGCACUUUACCACCGAUGCUUUAUCCGACUUUGUCAGCUUCGGAGACUUUCAAGGCGAGAAGACCUCCUGGAACCCACUGGCCGACAUCUCUCUCGAAUUACUGCCAACAGACUCAUCUUCAACUAUGCUCUGGAUCAGUGCUUUGCCGCUGAAAUGGAUGAUUAUAUUGGGGAACUCGGACUGGCAAGUUUCACUAUAAUUCCCAUCUAUCAUGAAUACUGUACUGUCGGAAGCAAAAUCUACAUAAAACGUCGUUUAGAUGAAGCAAUUCAGCGUUAUCGUGCUGCAAUAAUCCUAAUUCACGGUCUGUGCCAACAUGCAACCACAGAUCAGGAUAAGUCCCUUCUCGCCGAAUGUCUGCGAAUGGUCCAAAAUCGUCACGCCACUCUCUUCAAUUAUGUAGCCUCCGGUGGUUUUGCAGGUGCUUUAGGCAGUGGCCAAGAAGGAGAUGCACCAGAACCCCUCCAACAACAUCAACAACCUUCCAUACCUUCCGACAACCCUACAGCAGUUGACUGCUUCUCCUGGUGA